AUGCAUUCAUACAACCCGCUCGAAAAAGCAGAUACAAUUGCUAUAAUCAUUCAAAAGCUUCCAUUAGAGCAUGAGUUUCGUCUAAGAUGGAAGAUACAAGUACUAGAAUACUAUAAAUUGGGACAUGAAGAAGAGAAACUGGAAUAUCUCUUUAAUUGGGAUGUAGUAUCAGAGGAAUUUAUUGAAAGGGAAACCGAAAUAGCUAAAAAACAGGUAGAGAUCGAAAGAUAUAUGCUUCAUAAUGGAAUGCUUGAAGGACAGGAAAAAGAAAUAGUCAAAUAUAAUAUUCGGCAGAUAGCUAAAAAUGUUGUCCCAUGGUUGGAUGUAGAUAAAUGGGAAGAAUCAGAAUUUUUAGGUUUCAUUAAAAAAGAUAUAUGCGUAGGAUUUGCUUCAAAAGAAUAUAAUAGACCUUUUGGAUUUGGAAUGAAACAAUUUAUAAACAAGAUCCUUUAUUAUGAUGAUGAAACGCUGUAUUUUGUAGAGGAUGAUCCUAUAUAA